UCAGGGAUCGCUCCGUGCCUCGCUCGUUCGCGGAUUCGGCGCUCGGCCGCGCCGCCUGCGCAGCGCCGUCAUGGCGGCCCCCGGGGUGGAGGCGCGGGCGCUGUUCGCGGAGGGGGUGCGGGCCGUGCUGGGGGGCUGGGCGGCGCUGCAGCUGGCCGUGGCGCAGGGCUUCGGGGGGCCGCAGGGUUCCGAAAAGGCCGCGUGGCUCAGCUCGGCGCUGCUCGACUUCUUCACGCAGAACGCUGACCUGGAGCAGGAGGAGGUGGAGGAUUUCCUGGCCGAGGUGAUGGACAACGAGUUCGACACGGUGGUGGAGGACGGCAGCCUGCAGCAGGUAGGAGGAGAGCAGCGAGGAGGAGGAGGAGGCCAUGGAGUGCGGGACACCCCCGCCCCCCUCGGACGGCUGGACCGUGGUGCAGCGGCGGCGGCGGCGAUGAUGGGGGGAGGGGUGUCCUGUGUGUCCCCCCCCAGCUUGGGGGACACCCCUCCCCCACCCUGCUCCCCAAACUGGGGGGGAAUAAAGGCCCCUCCCCCCAUGGGGGUGUGGGAAGAGGAGUCGUGUGAUUAUUGGAGGGGGGAGAGGCCGCUUAGAGAGCCCCUGGCACCUCUGCGGGCCCCAUGGGACCCCAGCGAUCCCUCCCAGUAUAACCCAGUGCCCCCGCCCCUCGCCCAGCCCCGCCCAUCAUGGCGGCCGCUCUGAGGGCUCCAGGACAGUGAGGGGCGUGGCUUUCUUACCGCGCCUUGCGAUUGGCUGCAUUUUGCACCGGUGGGAACGCCCUUUGCCCUUCCCAUGCGGUGAUUGGUCGGCUAGGCUUAAACCGUGCGGGU